UGCCCGCUUAAGUCAGAAGAAGUGAACACGGCCGGCGGCUGAUCCGUGCAAUUGUAAAUACUGUGUUUGGGUGUUGUGGUAGUAGUGAUGAUGUGUAGUUUUACAUAAGUUUACUGAAUAGCUGAAUCAUUGUUAUUGUUGUGACGGGGCUAUAAAUAGUCAAGUAAUAAAGCUAGCUGGGUUGUAUUUCGAUCCAGUGUACUAAACAGUAUUCUUCUGUGUGGUUACUCAAACAUAACAGCUGGCGACGAGUGAUAAACAAGGUUGAGAACAAUUGCAGUUGGCAGUAUAAUAAUCGGCGGCAAAGAUUUCGAUAGUGCGGUCAGUGAGGCGUUUUGGAACGGUGUUGCAGUAGAAAGGAUUGGAGCAGUGAUUAAAUUGUGACUCAUCCGCGGAUUGUGUUUGGCUGUUUAUCUUCCGGCCAAGUAGCAUUUGCGCUGUUGGAAGUUGGUUGUUGGCGUGUCGCACAAGCCGGUCGGAUAGCGACGCCAGAAAAAUUCAGACAACGGCAAGAGAGAGCCAGAAGGAAGAAAAGUGAAUUGGGAAUUGAAAAGGGAUUCCGGUGGUGCGAUAGCAGCGGCGAGUGCUGAGUUUUGUAUGGACAUAGGCGGUUUCUGGUGACGGGUGGCAUCGUUGGUGUUCUGGAGUGGACAAGAGGCUGGAAAACGAAUUCCUGGGUAAUCAUCAAAGUAGAAACAGUGCAGUCAAAAUGGCGUUGAUCGGUACAAUCGACCCUUAUGUACCCGGAACAAGUUUUUCCAACUAUGUUGAGUUGAUUGAGUAUUUUUUUUCAUCUAAUAAUAUAGUAGAAGAGCGUAAAAAGGAUGUUUUUAUGAGCUGUGCUGGAUUAGCCGUUUUCGAAGAGCUAAAGCUUUUAUAUCCUGCUACAGAUCUCAAAACGUUGUCUUAUGCGGAGAUAACAAAAAAAUUAAAGGAGCGAUUAGAUAAAAUAGAUUCAGAAAUCAUGUUACGUUAUAAGUUCCGUUGUAGACGACAAAGCCCUACGGAAAGUGGAGAGAAUUACGUAUUAGCAGUGAAGCAUUUAGCCGAAUCUUGCGACUUCGGAGCGUUUCGCGACUCCGCCAUACGCGAUCAGUUAGUUUUUGGAGUGUACAAUAGAGAAUUGCAGAAAAGAUUGUUGAAUGAAGAGGAACUAAGCUUGAAGUCAGCAGAAAGGAUCAUAAAAGGUUUCGAAAUGGCGAACAAUAAUAGCCAGUAUUUUGCCGAAACUGGAGCAGCAGUUGGAGUCAAUUCAGUCAGGAACCGUCUUGGAAACAGACAAUCUAGAGUUGAAAGAAGAGAUCGUAGCCGUAGUAGGUCCAGAGAUAGGAAUUAUGGCAGGAAUGAGGAUGGACGUUCAAGUUAUAGAAGAAUGGAAGGCCGGUCAAGAUCGGGGCACCGGAAUGUGAGCAGAGGUAGAUACGCAAAUUUCGUCUGCAAUUUCUGUAGGAAGCGCGGUCACAUUCAAAAGAAUUGCUACCGAUUCAAAAACAGCCAAGGCGAGUCGGUGAAUUCGGUAAAGGAGGACACGGCAUCUAAGGAAGUUCACGAUUAUUUCAAAAGGCUUCGAGUAGAUUACAGUUCGGAAAGUGAGGAUGAAGAUCUCUGUCGGAUCGACUCUCGUCUCGGCCCACAAGGGGCAGGUGAAAGUUCGGGAUCAGAUAGGGCGAAGGCGUAAGGUGACGCUCCUUCUUCCGGAACUGAACAGCGAAAAUGGACAGUCAGACAGCAACAGAGGUUCGAAAAGGAGGUUUGAGGAUUUGGACGAUGGGAGUGAGGAUGAAUUCAGAGGGUUCACUCCAAGCCCUGAACGACCUCUACCUGCAUCGCGUGAACUACAUCCCAGAAUACUACAACCCCAGGAAACCCCGACACCAGAUUCGUCACGGAUUUUGAGAAGAUCUACACGAUUGAAGAAGAAGAAAAUUCACGAAGAUUUUGUUUAUUCAACAUGAAUUGUACUGAAAUUAUAGUUUUGAUAUUUAUAGAUUCUAUUAUAAAUGAAUUAAACAAAAUGAAUUUUUAACUAAAAGGGAAAGGUAUUGUAAUGCCCGCUUAAGUCAGAAGAAGUGAACACGGCCGGCGGCUGAUCCGUGCAAUUGUAAAUACUGUGUUUGGGUGUUGUGGUAGUAGUGAUGAUGUGUAGUUUUACAUAAGUUUACUGAAUAGCUGAAUCAUUGUUAUUGUUGUGACGGGGCUAUAAAUAGUCAAGUAAUAAAGCUAGCUGGGUUGUAUUUCGAUCCAGUGUACUAAACAGUA